GCUUGUUGAAUCGGGUCGGCGAACGGCAGGGCGAUCGUGGGUGGGCCGCAGCCCAAGCGGCGAGGAAGACUAUCGCCGGCCUUUUACUUCCUCUCCGCCCGUGGCAAUGAGGGGAGCCGGGCGGCUGCGUGGGGGUGGAGGACGGGGAGCAGGCGGGCAAAAGCUGAGGCAACAGCCGAGAGGAGGGCGAGGACGGGGACAGCCAGGGAGAGGCGAGCGAAGCCCGCUGAGGUAAAAGCCGCCGCGGCGGCGAAGGGGGGUGGCGGGGAGCGAAGGCGGCCGCGGGAGGCGGGAGCAGCCAGGGCGGAGGGAGGAGCGGGCGGCCGGGCGCAGCCAAUUCUUGGGGCUCGUCCAUUCCUCGGUGUGAGUCAGGCACGUCGGUGGGGUGAUGCCACGGCGCCGGGAAGGGGCCGGCAGAGCCGCGGGACGCGGCGGCAGCGGGGAGCGGCCCGCUCGCGCGGGCUCGUCCCCUCAGCCCUGCCGGCGCCGCCGCUGAGGGGAGCGUUGCUUCCUCCUUCCCCUCCCUCACCGCGGCCGGCGCCAUGGCGGGGGGAGCUGCGCCUGCCUCCUCCCAGCCCCUCCGCGCUCCCUGACGGGGCACACACCCGUCCCCACCGACGGAGGCGGCUGCUUGCGGGUCUCGUCCUGGCGUCGAAAGGAAAACCCAAAAAUUAGCCUUGCCCCGAGCUGAGCUGCGUGCUUCUCCAGAAGCUUGGGGAGGAAGGGGACUACAGAGAGGCCGUCCUUGCGUUUCAUGUUUCGUCAGCCCGACAGCAUUUUGGCUUUGAUUCCAUCUUGUUCCUACCUGUUCCUGGGCAGUGACGGGGAGAAGAAGAGGCACAGUCCCACCAUGUCUCGUUACAGCCUCCAUAAUCUCCUGGACUGGAUGUAUGGGGGUGUGGACCCCAGUUUUGCUGGCAACGGAGGGCCAGAAUGCGCAGCCUUUCUCUCUGGGCAGCAGCGCUUUCUGGAGAGUUUGAUCUUCCUCACUGUGGGCGUUGUGGAGAUCCUUCUGUCCCUGUGGAAGCUCAGGCAGCUGCAUUUCAGGGAGCUGGAGGGUCACCUGCUGCAGCAGCCCCAAACUAAGCAGGAGAGUUUGGGCAAGAAUGUGCUGCUGGUGGUGCUCUGUCUCAUCUUCGGGCUGGAGGUGGGCUUCAAAUUUGCCACCAGGACAGUCAUUUACCUCCUGAAUCCCUGCCAUGUGGUCACUAUGAUGCAGAUUUUUCUUCUUGCCUGUCCUCCAUGUCGGAUUGCAAUGAUUCUCUUCAGGUUGCAGAUGCACAUGCUGAAUGGGGCCCUCCUGGCAUUGCUGUUUCCUGUUGUUAAUACACGCCUGCUUCCAUUUGAAACAGAAAUUUAUUACAUCCAGCAUGUGAUGCUUUAUGUUGUGCCCAUCUAUCUGCUGCGGAAAGGAGGUAUCUACACUCCAGAACCACUCUGCAAUUUCUGGUGGGCUCUUUUAUCCACGGGGUUUAUGUUUGUCUAUCAUUUUAGCAUCUUGCAGAUUCUGGGAUUGGUUACAGAAGUGAAUUUGAACAACAUGUUGUGCCCAGCCGUCUCAGAUCCAUUUUAUGGGCCCUGGUAUCGAAUCUGGGCAUCUGGACAUCAGACUGUCAUGACCAUGACUCAUGGGAAGCUUGUAAUCCUACUGUUUUACACUGCUGGCCCCAUCUUUAAAUGUAGCGUGGACUUGCUUAGACUCCCCGCUAAGAAAAUAGACUGAAAUUUCUCCCCAUGGAGUAGUGCAUACAGGAAGCAGAGAUACUUAUACUGGAAAACAAAGAGGAGGGAUGAGAGGACAAUGUGUUUAUACUUCUCCCCACAGUUUAUUGCCUCAGAAACACCUCUAUAACGAAGUGAGGUUUUUUUUAACUGCUGUUUCUCACUGCCUAUUGCCAGUGGCAAAAUUAGUGGCCUUACUCUGGAAAAGGUUCGUGUUUUAUACCUUUUGUGUAGAUUACAGUAGAAUCUUGCUAAACCACCGUUUAAAAUUAGGCCAGGAUCUGUCCACAUUCCAACAGAGAGUGGCAGUGCUACCUCGUUUUGACUUCUAUUCCAUUAAACGUAAGUAUACUUAUAUCGUAGGAGAUAAAGCUGAAUUACAACACUCCACUGAUGUGAACAGAACACGGGUUGAGUGCAUCAUCCUGGCUUAACUCUGAGCACUUGAAUCUUGCUAAAUGGUCACAGUGAAACAACGUAGACUUUAUCUCCCAGUCGUAAGUGUGAAACAGUGGGGUUCUACUGUAUUUUAUUUAAGCUGGUUGAAAAUGUUGGGGAACAAUAACUCAUUCAAAAAUUACUUUUUUUUUUUUUUUCUUUUUUUAAUUGACUACUUCAUUUCUAAGCUGCUGCGGAUAAAUAUCUAUCUGGCUAAGUCCCAUCAGAUCUUGAUGCUCUGGAGAUGCUUUUGUUUGAGUGAGUGGAAAAACACCGUGUUGAAGUAAUUUCAAAAGACCAUAUUACGUUUAAGCUAUGAUACUUCAUUCACUGUUCUAACCUGACUGAACAAAAUCUUCCACUUAGAUGGGAGAGAGAGUGGAGAUAGAGAAUCCAAUGUAAACAUCAGAAUUUUCUGGUUUUUACUCAGUAACUUUUGAAACAUUCCUCCUCUGUGAUCUACACUGAUCCUCACUCAGUAGAGUGGUUAGUGAAGAAACAAAAUGAAACUAGGUUUUCUCUCUACAGCUCUGAUACAUUCUGUAUACUGAUUUUAAAUUACAGAUAUAAAAAGGAACAUCAAAUCAGUGGAGGCCUCUACUGAAAAGAAAGUGUUCCAGUUUACUAGUAUGACUAAACCCUCCUGUCAACAUGCCUUUUGGGGAACAGGACAUAGAUAGGCAGAAUGAUAAAUAGUAAACUAUGUGUACCUGUUCAAAUUUUCCAAGGCUAGAGGAGAAACUGUUGGGCAGAAAGAUAGGAAAUCUUGAGUAUGUUCCUCCAGAUAGUUAAUUGUGAGUCUGUUAUGCAGACUAUUGUGUUUCAGGGCUGCAGGAAUGUUGUUGUACAAAAGUGUUGCAAUUUAUAGAUCCAUUGUGUUGUCAAAGCUGUGACUUGUAAGAUAAAACAAAACCAUUGUACCUCCUCCAGCUGGAUCACCUGAAGAUAUAUUCUGAAGUUAAGGUACAGUCAUUUAUACCUCAAGAAGGAAAAGUAAGAUUAAGAAGUGGCUUUUUUUUUUUUUUUUUCCUCUUAAGAAAGAAAAAUUUUAAUUGGAGAGGGAACAAAUGGCUACUUCAAAUAUUUUUACUCCGUGUGAUUAAAAAACCAAUACACCUCAAUCAGAAAUAUAUUGUCCCACAUUCUAAUUUACAAACUGGUUUCUGGCUUUCUUCUGUGCCUGGCUGUGUGUGUAUAUAUAUACAUAGGAAAUAUACUGUGCUCUCACAUUGUGAAAACCUGACAGAUACCUGAACUGGCCACCAAACAUGUAUAACUAGUCUUAGUUAUACAGACUAUACAGCUCCUUGUGUUUUUAAUCAGAAUUCAACUUGAGAAAGCUAAGCACCUCAUGAACUACCAGCCAUAGAGAGUUAUUUUCAAUUGUUGACCCUGCAAAUGUCUAAGUACAUAACGAAUUUCACUGAGAGUCUCACUGCUGCCUCAGUGAAACUGGGCAUAUUCCGCCUAAGUAUUUGUGGAGCGGGGCCUAACGAAAGAACCGGUUGGUAUUGAAGGCCUGAAUCCGUCUGUGGAAGACCACUUAAUUAGCUGCUGAAGUGACAGAAGUUCUUGCUGUUUAUUUCAGCAGAUUCAGUAUUGCAGGAUGAAAUGCAGGAUGUUGCUGGGAGAUGCCAAGAUGCACAGCGCUGGAUGUUAAGGCAUGCCCACUAUUAAUGUACUUCAUCUCCUGUGAAUAGCUGAAUGGAAUACCCAGUGAUUCUUCCCUCCCCACAGUUAGUCGAGUGUAUCACAGUUUAUUUAUUCACUUAGGAAUUUGGCAAAAUGCCUUAUGAUGGCUUCAGUCUUGCUUAGAAGGAAUGUUUGGUAUUACAAUAGAAUGAUUUUAGCCAAAUUUUGCAAGUGUCAUUUAGCAUUAUUAUUUGCUUCACUUCACUUAUGGUUGGUUGGUUGUUUUGGUUUUUUUCUUUGUUUUUUUUUUUUUUUUUUUUUUUUCUGUGUGUUUGUUUUGUUUUUUAAGAAUCUUUCCUGUUUAUUUUUUUUCUUCACAAUAUUGUAGCUACUGGAAAAAACUCCUGAGUUAUGUGAAAGUAGCAGUUUUGUUUUUUUUUUUUUUUGUCCAAACCAGCAGAAUUUCCUAUCUGUAGUCAUAUUCUUCAGCACAUUCUAAACAAGUAUAAAACUGCUGCUGUUUGCCACCACUGACUGCCUCUGGUCAAUUAAGACUGCAGAAGCAUUUAAAUAAGCUCAGGUGUCUCACUCACUGCAGGCAGUUUGCUUGGAAUGCAAAAUGUGUGAGCUUUUCUGACUUAAAAUUCAGUAGCAGGGAUUAAAUGUUAAAUACAGCCAACCUGAGGGAGAUCCCCGGGGCACUUUGGAUGAAAGGAUUCUUGGAGUAGUUGUACCACUUGGACUAUGGACUUUGAUAGCAGAGGCGCUGUGACUGUGAUCGCUCCUGCCUUCCCUCCCACCCCCUAGCACACACACAGGUCUCUCUCACUCUGCUCUGACUCGUGCUUUUCCAUGUUAUGCCGGGCCAGUUGUUUUGAGUCACACUGGAAAUUUCAGGCAUAAUGUCACAACAUGGAGUAUGGUGACAGAACUGCUCAUCGAAGCCAAUGCCACACCCAGAGUCCCCUUUCAAACCUUACCUGUGCAGGUUCUGGAGCUCGCUGAACUCUUCUGUACCAAUUUAAGUUGCUACAAGGGCUAACUGAACAAGGUAAUUCAGCAAAAAAAUAGAGAGGUAAGCCAACUACUACACUCCAUAAGGAUUUUAGAAGUAUUGGAGCUGCUCUAAAAGAGUGGAAUGGUGCAGCGGGAGUCAGGCGUGAUGGGAAGGCAAUGGAACCUUCACCUUUUUGACGGUAAGCUGUUGCUUCUUUGCUUGUUGUACAAUAUCAGUGAAACUGGCUGAGUUAAAAUAGAACCAUUUAGGUUGGAAAAGACCUUUAAGAUCAUCGAGUCUAACCAUAAACCCAGCACUGGCAGCCACUAGUGCCGACCACUAAACCAUGUCCCUAAGGGCCACAUCCACCCAUCUUUUAAACACCUCCAGGGAUGGUGACUCAACCACUUCCCUGGGCAGCCUGUUCCAGUGCUUGAC